GCCACGCCCUUAACGACCCAAUACGGCAGAGUAAAACUAAACUAAUAUGCAGUCUGUCUUAUAUUUUUUAGCCGGCCAAGAGUAAUUGUCGGACGCCGAGUACAAGCCUAUUCACCCACGGGCCGUCGGUAGGCUACUUUUCAUUUCGACGCUCUAACGGUUAAUGUCAACGGUGUCUGCCACCGUGCUCCGCAUGUGACCGAACGGACAGGGGCGUGGAAGUGGGUCUCGUGUAUUGUAACGUGGAACAACGAGUUCUAAGUUAACGCAACGUUAGCUGGGAGUGAGCAGCAGCAUCAGCAGUGAGGAAAGAAGUCGCAGACACCUCGACCCUGCAAGAACGACUCCCUCAGCUUUGAAGGCAGCCUCGGUGGAACAGCGCCAAGAACAAAGUAGCUAGUUGCUGUGAGAGCUUGUUGAGCCGAGGACAGCAGGAAAGGAGAUGAGCACCAAAAGGAAGGCUGAGAGUCACUCAAGGGCAGCAAACAGACCACGCAUCAUGAAGUCUGGCGUCUCCCAGGCUGAUUCAGAGAGAGACUCCGGAUUCUCAGAUGCAAGCUCGGAACAUAUGAGCACAAUGGACAACACCGACUCUGAGGAUUCACCCCGUCAUGUUGUAAAGCAGGGAGCGCAGGCUUCUGGAUCGGGUUCCCAAUCCUCCCAGCUGGCUGUGGUGGGAGGCUCCUACUCGAGUCUUUCUCCCAUGAUCAUCAUGAACAACGUCCUCCUCAAGCAGCCUUCGGAUAAUCCUCCUGCUCUAAAGACCUGGGGGUUAAGUCCCUCGGUGGAGGUAGUCCAGCAGCCUCAGGUGGUCUUUCUUCAGCCUGUGGUCUCUCGUAAAGCUUCCCCUGCCUCCAAAGAGACCUCCUCUAGACACAGAAGUCCUAAGAAGUAUCUUCCAAUCCUGAAAUCCUACCCCAAAAUUGCUCCACAUCCUGGAGACAGCUCCAGUUCCUCAGGGAGAGGAACUGCCUCCUCAUCUUCUUAUUCCUCUAGCACCUCUUCUUCUUCUUCUUCUUCUUCUUCUUACUCCUCUUCUUCUUCUUCUUACUCCUCUUCUUUGGGGUCAAAGAGGGGUAGCAGUUUGACCUCCAACCACCGGGAACGCUGUCAGCGAGAGAAGCAGAAGAGAAAGCUGUGUGGUGGUGCCAGUAACUCUGGUUCAACCACUCCCAGUCUUCCUGCUUCCCCCAGCACCACGUCUCCUCUGCUCCAGAGCCGACUCUCGCUCCCCACAACAGAAACCAGUGCCAGCAGCAGUCCUGCCAGGGAGAGGCUUUCAUCAGCUGUGAGCCAGCCAGAGUUUUCCACCUCUCUGUCUGUUAUUCACACCACUGGCCCUCCUGCACUGGCGGUCACCCAGGAGAACAGCUCAUCAGGAGAAUGUAACCACGGUGACAGUGAUCCUGAUACAAAGCGGAAGCGCUUCUGCAACACUUACAACAUCCUUAGCAAAUCUGGCCUGCUGCACAUCGCACUCCGCACCAAGGAGCUCCUCAGGCAGAACCGGCGCACUCAGAGCGACCUAGACCGCCUAAAAGAACACACAGACCUCUUCCUUCAGGCUCUGUGUAGUGGUGACACCAGCAUCUGUGUUAGGCUGCAGGCCAGCCUUCAGGAGGAAGACAGAGAGAGCGAGCAAGACAGAGAGGGCUGCCCCGACCAUCUAAAGGCAGAUUAGACCUAGACUAGUGCUAGGCAGUAAUCCUUUAGAUUGAGCUGGGGAAAGGAGGCCAGGGCUCCACAAUACACCCCCACCCCCAGAAUCUGUUCUGUGGCCUACAUUUUGGCUGCCUCUGGGCCCUGACACACCAAGCCGUCCUCAAAGAAUUAGUGCUGAUAAAGACUUUUUCCGUUGCCUCAUGUCCUCUAAAAGUAGCACUUGGAACUCAUCGUAAGGCUGUAGCUGGGGGCCAGUUGUCCGCCAAACGUGCAC